AUGCGCUCGCACCAGAUCCAGGAGCACGGUUACAAGAGCUGCUCUAUCUGCCCGUCAUUUUCGAAAGAUCUAUCGUCGCACUUCCAGAGCCACAAACAGGAGCCAGACUCAAUGUACCACCAACUAUCCGUGAUCUACAACAAGCUUCAGCGCUUCGCAGCUCUUAAACCGUCUUCAAAAGCACUCUUGGACCAGGCUGCAGAGUGCAUCAAGCAAGCCAUUUUCGUUGAGAAUCAGGGUCUCCCUGGAACCAAUCAUGGAUUCACUGCCCUGGAGGACACACAGCACACCCAAGCCCAAGGCGCAUAUUCUACAUCUGCGCGGGUACAAGAGCCUUUGUUUCGUAGCGAAAAAGUGGAGUCUCGAUCCUCUCCUGCCGAAAGAUCUUCGAACAGGGACACCGGUGACGACAAUAGUCUAAGGCGGUCGGGUCGACAGCAGAGUGGAAGCAAAAGGACUCUCCUAAAAUCCUUCGGGCCAGUAAACACGCAGCGCAAAAAGCCCAGAACUUCCGUUGCCGGAAAAAUCAGAUCGAACGACAUCCUGAAGACGGCCACAAGCCAGGAAACAGUGAAGGACUUCGUCGAGGCAGUGAGGUCCAACAAUCCACUUGAUCCGCUGCAACUGCAAGAUAAAGAGCGACGCCAUGCGAGCCAGAGUGAUUACGGAUCGCUAUCCCGGAUCAGUCAAUUCGCGGAAAAGUGCGAGCGUCUAGUUGGUCGCGCAAAAUUAAGGUACUACUAUGCUCUUUUGAAAAUGUCUCAGCUAGUUGACCGUACCAUGAAGGACGCAGGCAGGCAGAGAGUGGAUUCUGCGUAGUUGCACAAGAUCCUGGAACAAUGCAAAACCAACGACUAUAAUCGGAACAAGCGUCGUAAUCAACUUCAGCUUGGCCGCAAGUUGCAAAGGGUUAUUGGUCCUUCUAUAGGGCUGCUCUGUUUUCUAGCUGUUGGCCAGGUGGAUAUCGGAAAGAGUUUGGCAUUUACAGAUGACGAUAUAACGCGUUUCCAUGUUGGCAUGAGAAAGCAUGAAACUUGUGGGUCGCUGGGGAGCAGUAAUUAAGACUUU